GUCUUUAGUUGUUGAUACAAUACGCAAGGCGGUGGUCAUACACGAACAUAACAGCUCACUAAAAACUAAAACUAGCUUACCAUUAAGCUAGUUAAAAUUAAAACGUGAAGUGAUUACUUACAGCCUAUUCGCAUUAUUAUAAUUUUUUCGUGAUACAAUUUGAAAGUUUCCAAAAGUGAAAGGAGAGGGGGAGUGUAAGAUGUCUCCGAAACUCUCACAAUGCUUAUUUAGAAACAACAUCAUCAUUCUUCUAGGGCUUUUGUCGUUUUCCUUAAUAGCCCCAGCAAUUACGUUGACGACUUUUGACAAAAGGUCCAAAACAUGUGAAAGCGAUGACUGCGUGCCCAUGGCUGUCAGAGAAGAAACGAAUUUGUCAAACGUAACUGAGAAUGCAAAUUACUACAGACUGCCUAACAACAUCCUCCCUAAAAACUAUAAUCUGACAUUGAAGCCGAACAUGAAAGAUAAUAUUUUCAAAGGCACAGUCAACAUUGCAAUAGAAGUACUGACAUCUACGAAUAAAAUCACCAUGCAUGCUUAUAAGUUAACUAUUGAAUCCGUGAUUUUGAAAGAUUCGAAGAACGUGGAAGUCUCAAUAUCAAGUAUAAACAUAAGUACCGAUAAAAGAGAAUUGCUCAGAAUACACUUAAAUGAUCAAAUACAGAGGGGAAAAUACAAUGUGGAAAUUGUAUUCCAAGGAAACAUGGAUAAGAAAAUAAUUGGGUUUUACUCAAGUUCUUUGAAAAACGGAGGAACAAUGGUAGCCAGUAAAUUUCAGCCAACAUAUGCUCGCCAAGCAUUCCCUUGUUUUGAUGAGCCAGAUUUCAAAGCCACAUAUGAUAUUGCACUUGUUAAACCCGAAGGGUAUGUGGCAUUGUCAAACAUGAAUGAAAUAUCAGUGACACGGGACCCAUCAUCUGAUUUAGAAACUGUCAAAUUUGCGACCAGUGUCCCAAUGUCGACAUAUCUGGCUUGUUUUGUUGUAUGUGAUUUUGGAUAUAAGGAUGUUGAAAUUAAUACUUCUGGUAUCGGAAAUACUUUCAAACUUAGAUCUUUUGCUCAAAAAAAUGAACUUCAUAAGAUUGAUUUUGCUCAAGACAUUGGGAAGAGAGCUACUGAAUUUUACAUAAGAUAUUAUGAAGUAGAAUUUCCCUUGCCAAAAUUAGAUAUGAUUGCAAUACCUGACUACAUUUCUGGAGCCACUGAGCACUGGGGUCUUAUAACAUACAGAGAAACAUCAUUUCUGGUUGAUGAGGCUACUGCUUCUGUUAAAAAUAAGAUCAGUAUUGCUAAUACUAUAGCUCAUGAACUGGCUCACAUGUGGUUUGGAAAUUUAGUGACAAUGAAAUGGUGGGAUGAAGUAUGGCUAAAUGAAGGUUUUGCUUCCUACAUGCAAGUUAAAUCAUUGAAUGCAAUUGAACCAUCGUGGGCCAUGUUGGAUCAAUUCUUAACAAAAACUGUUCAUCCUGUACUAGUGACUGAUGCCAAACUUUCAAGUCAUCCUAUAGUACAAACUGUGUCUACACCCGAUCAGAUAACAUCAAUAUUUGACACAAUUUCUUACAAUAAAGGCGCAUCCAUAUUAAGAAUGCUCGAGGGUUUCAUUGGCGAAGAAAACUUCCGUCGUGGCGUUUCAGAUUACCUCAAGAAGUUUCAGUACGGUAAUACAGUGACUCAAGAUUUACUAUCCUGUCUUGAAGUUUACUUUAAACAGGAAAAUCCUGAUUUAAGCCUGACUCACAUCAUGGAUACGUGGACACAACAAAUGGGUUAUCCACUACUCUACGUUGAACCGGGGAAUGGAACAAACACAUACGUUGUUACUCAAAAACGGUUUUUGCUCGAUCCUGACGCAGAAUACACGAACGAUUCGAAGUUCAAUUACCGUUGGUACGUGCCGAUAACUUACAAGACAAAUAAAGGAAAUUGCGGCAGAGUUAUUUGGUUCCCCGAUACGGUAGAGAGCGUAACACUGAAUCUCGAUGACAAUAUCAGAUGGCUGAAAAUUAAUAACAAUCAAAUUGGUUAUUAUAGAGUUCAUUAUGCCGAUGAGAUGUGGCAAAAUCUUAUACUAGAGUUAAACGCUAAAUCGAAAGAGUUAACAAUAUCAGAUCGAGCGCAUUUAUUGGAUGACGCGUUUGCUCUCGCCGAAGCCGGCUCGUUGCCUUACAAUAUAGCGUUGGAUCUCACAACGUAUCUCACUGUGGAGGAUGAUGAAAUACCUUGGACGACCGCCGUAUCAAUAUUCGGAGGCUUAGCCAGAAGAUUGCUGAACACACCAGCGUACGAUGACCUUAAGAGCUAUAUCCAUGGUCUAGUGAAACCUGUAUACGAGAAACAAAGUUGGGAAAAGGUUAAUAUUGGAGUUAUUGAAAGGCUACUUCGAGCAAGGAUACUAACUCUAGCAACUCGUUACCAAUUGCCAGACGCCGAAGAUAAAGUAAGAAAUUUGUUCUUGAGUUGGCUGAACGGUCACGGUACUCCCGAUGCCGUUGUGAUCGAACCAGAUUUGCGGGACUUUGUUUAUUAUUAUGGAAUGAGAUCGGCCACUCAGCAAGAAUGGGAUAAGUUGUGGGAGAUCUAUUUAAAAGAGACGGACGUUCUCGAAGCCACGAAAAUUCGAAGCGCCCUAUCGGCGUCUCGUGACGCGAACAUCUUAAAAAGAUACUUGGAGCUGUCUUGGGACGAAGCGAACAUUCGGAGCCAGGAUUACUUAAACGUUUUAGCGGACGUCAGCGACAACCCUACCGGCACCGGUCUGGUUUGGGACGACGUGAGGACGCGAUGGCCCCAGCUAGUCGACCGAUUCACGUUGAACAGCCGUUACUUGGGCGGCCUCAUUACCAGCAUCACGAAAUCAUUUAGCACACAGCAAAAACUAAACGAGAUGGAAGCAUUCUUCGCUCAAUAUCCAGAAGCUGGUGCUGGCGAGGCCUCAAGAAAACGUGCUCUAGAAACAGUUCACAACAACAUCAAGUGGUCUCAGAAGCACCGAGCGUCUGUCGCAGCCUGGCUGGAGAAACGUCGUUCUUGAAAUGUUUUCAUCUUAAUGCAUCUCUAUUGUAAGCGAUCUACUUCAAAACUCAUUCUUCUUCUCAGUCGUUUAGAGUUGCCUUUAUUUGGUCGGUCGAUCGUAACGGUGAUCUGAUGCACUAAAACUCAUAACUCAUAGUCAUUUCACUAAAUGGCUAUAUUUCAUGACAGUAUACCUAUACAAUAUUUUUGAAUGUCGAAAAACAAAUAACGAAUGUAUUGACAUAACAUAAUAUAUUUUAAAUUUAUUUCAUUACGGCGUAUCGUGAUGAUAUGUUUUGUGAAGCAGCAAUCUAUAGCGAAGGCAGAAGCUACCCCGGGGCAAUAACCUUAGUUUUAGUUGCAUCACAUUGCGUGCUAUCCGAAAAAUAGACAAACAAAAAAUUUUGAUUAAGUUUUUUUCUUGUACACUUUUAUUCAUUAUAAAAAAACGCUUUCUUUACAUACCUGGUCUGAAAAAUAAUCUUAAACUCUAUAUAAAUUACGACAAAAAUAGAAACGCUCGUGCAUGAAUUGAAUUAUACUAUUCACCAUAACUUUAAUCAAUUUUGAUUUUUUUCACAUAACUUGACAACAACAACAACAACAACAAGAAACAAGAAAGUUGAGUCGUAGAUUUAUUAUGUACGAAAAACAAAUAUAUUGUGUAUAUAUUUUUUAA